GCCCACCCCCCCUCCCUGUUUCCUCUCCCUGCCCCAGAGGCCGGGUUAGGGAAGGAGGAGGAGGGAUCAGCCGGCAACAGAAAAGAUCGGAGCAGGAAAUCUGUGGGUCUUUUCAUCUGUGGGCAGCAUCCAGGCAGAGACCUGACCCUCUUACGCACCUCAUGUUCCGGUCUCGGAGAGCCAGCUUGGUGCAACGGCUCUGGAGGCUGCGCUGCCUAACGCCCGGCCCGGACGACCCCCACGGCGGCUUGAAACCCGCGGCUCACGCGCUCUUCAAGAAGCUGAAAGACAAGGAGUUGGAGCUGCUUCUGCAGGCGGUGGAGAGCCAGGGAGAAUCGGGCUGCUUUUGGGUCGAAGCCCGUGGCGGGAAAGCCGGCCCGUCGGCUUCGCUGCUCCUCUGCCGCCUCUACCGCUGGCCGGACCUCCGGCAACCCCAUGAGGUCAAGAGGCUGUGCCUUUGCAAGAGCGCCGGGGGCGAGGCGAGGGGUCUCCAUUGCUGCAACCCUCACCACCUUAGCCGCCUCGCUCUCCCCGACACUCCGCCGCCGCCGUAUUGCAAAAUCUCGCCUUUUUCUGCGCCCCUGAAGUGCGCUAACGUUUUGGAAAACAACUGCAAAGGAUGGCAAGACACGACCCUUUCCCGCUGCUCCCUGAGAGACGGCUACUGGUGCAAACUGGCUUACUGGGAGUAUCGCCACCGUGUGGGGAGGCUCUACCCGGUGCACGGAGAUUACGUCUGCGUUUUCUCCAACCUCCCCAACGGCAACGGACUCUGCCUGGGCCAGCUGUCAUCCCAAAACCGCAGCCCGGCUGUCCGGAGAACACAGGCUAAAAUCGGACGGGGUUUGUUGCUCAGCCAAGAAGCCAGCGGGGUCUGGGCUUGUAACCGAAGCGAGCACCCCCUCUUCGUCUGUUCCCCCACUCUGGGGACCGGGGGGAGCUCCGCCCCUCCGGUUCACAAAAUCCUCCCCGGUUACUCCAUCAAGGUCUUCGAUUACGACCGGGCCACGCACCUGGCGAGCAGACGCCCGGUCACCGGCGAGGGGCCCCACGAUGGGCACACGAUCCGGAUCAGUUUCGGUAAAGGUUGGGGUGUGUCUUACACCCGCCGGUUCAUUACUUCUUGCCCGUGUUGGCUGGAAGUGCUGCUGAACGCCCCGAGAUGAAGCAGUUGUGCGUGAAGUGCGGAGGGAAGUAACGACAACGCAACGGUGGGGUGUUGUGGGAACGCACACUGCACCCCAAACGUAGAUCAUUCGGCGAGGCGAGAAGCUAAAUUUCCUUCGCCGGAAAGCUCUUCCAGCUUUCAGGGGCUCUCUGCUUUCCCCCCUGUCUUCUGAAGUACCUAUUGCUUUUGUGACCUAAAUGCAGGCAGUUCUCAACUUACGACCAGAACAUCCGUCAGUAAGCAAGGCGGUUGCUCCGUGAGAUGCACCCAAUUUUAUUUUAUUUUUUGUUGCUAGCCAAAUCACUGCCGUCGCUAAGGCAGUCAUGCAGCUGUGGAGCGAAACCGUCUUCCCACAUUUUCUUUCUUUGGCGAGAGCCAACGGGGACAGGGGUUAAAGACAUGGCUGCCGUUGUUAAGUGGAUCGUAAGGUUGGAAAGCAAGUCCAGCGACUCCCCGCAGUGGUUCAAAUCCGGCUUUCGACUCGACUCGUCGGAAAAGUCACCCAAAGUCGUAAAUGCGAGUCAGUUGCCAAGUCAGUUUUAAUUGUGAUCCCAUGAGAGGCCUUGUAAUUUUUCACGGUCAUUAAACGGAUGGUCGUAAGUUUGAGAACUGCCUGUACGUGGUCCCAGCACAGUAGCUAACUUGAUAUGAGAAUUCACCCCGCCUUCUUCCUUCUGGAGCUGAAUGUUGAAACUGAAGGAGAAAAAAGUCACGUUUUAGGGGGGACGACGAAAGAUAAGAACGCUUGGAAAGACGGCGGGAAAUCGAUCGGUUGAAAAAUGUAAAAACGUUCGCAUUUAUGGAUGGAAAGUUUGUUAAGUUGCUGUGGGGUUUGAGAAGUUGUGGAGUUUGGAGAAGAGUUAAAGAUGUCUGUGUUAGGACAUAAGGAAUAUUUAGGACUGCGUUUUCCUUCUGUAUUUCUUUGAGAUUAAAUUGCUUUUUUUUAA